AUGGAAGACCAGAUUGAACAGUCUGUUUUUUCUCACGUCGAGAAAGCAUCCAAAAUCGACGAUGCUCUACUGGCUGAGAAUCCUUUAAGCCGCUUCAAAGACAAGACCCAUACUCCUUCAGGGGUCAUCGUCGAGUAUAUAUUGAAAGAAGUUCCAGAGUUCAGAAGAUUAUCUGCAUUACGCGAACAGGGAUGGAAUAAUCCAGAAGGAGAUCAAUUCUUCGAAGAUCAGCGCCGGGCUGCCGACUACGCGAAUAACAAGACGGCAAAGAAGUUUUAUAAAAUGAUGAAGAAUAUCGCGCACGAUAUGCACCAAGUAACUGGAGUCUUUCACAUCAAGAAGCCCUGCCGGGAUGGCUGCUCUGUCCUAGACAUGUGCAUGGCUCCGGGAGGAUUUCUCGCCAUAGCACUCAGCUAUAACCCUGAAGCCCAAGCAUUGGCAUUUAGCUUACCGAAAAUAAAUGGAGGGUACUCGGUUCUUCUACCCAAGCGUCCCAAUGUUACUCUUAGGUUUCUUGAUGUUACAAUGUUGGCAGAGGAUAUGGGGUUGUCAAGUAUUCCACACGGACAUCCAGAUGGGGGAAAUUUCCUCUCGAGUCAACUCGAUUCAAGACAGUCCUUUGACCUCGUAAUAUGUGACGGUCAAGUGCUUCGCAAUCAUGACCGGGCUGACUAUCGUGAGCGUAGAGAAGCAAGUAGGUUGUGUCUUACGCAACUGACUCUUGCACUCGAUCACCUCAAUCCAGGAGGGACGAUGAUUGUCCUCCUCCAUAAAGUCGAGGCUCUAUCUACGGUGCAGCUCCUGCAUACAUUCGACAAGUUUGCUUCUGUGCAGUUGUUCAAGCAUACGAAGUAUCACGCCAAACGAUCCUCCUUCUAUAUGCUGGCAACCAAUGUCAGAGCUGAUUCUGAAGAAGCGAAGACGGCUAUUGAAAGAUGGAAAGCUCAGUGGAAGAUUGCAACGUUCGGUACCGAUAACGAUUAUCGUGAAGCGAUGCAUUUGGAUAUGUCAAGUGUUGAGGUUAUCCUGAAGGAAUUUGGCCCAAGACUGAUCAAGCUAGGACGGAGAAUAUGGGAAAUUCAGGCGGGUGCCCUAGAAAACGCGCCUUUCAUGAGACAAACUCCGUCCCUUUGA